GCCACUAAUGAGAGUGGAGACAACGGGGCGAGCGGGAUAAUUCAUGCACGUCGCCCCGCGCACGCUGAGCCGCUGAGCGUGUGACCCGAGGCCCGGUGUUUUCCUGCACAGACCGCUGGAUAGAAAAGAAAGUGUGUGUGUGCCUUUAAGGCGCCCGACUGCCUGUCGCUUUGUGCUGCUGAGAGACUGACGCCCUCUGGACACAGUGGACACUUGAGCGGCGGUAGAACACCAUCCUGGAGAGGUGCAAAGAGAAAACGGCUCCGGUGCUCCUUACAAAGUAAAAUCGCGAGCUCGCUCACUGCGUUGCGGAGUUUCCCAGUGCCUUGCUGGUGAGCUGUCAGGAUGAGGCCUGGUGAGCUGGUCCUCUCCACCGUCGCCGUCCUCCUCUUCCUCCUGUCAAUACUAUCUCUGACCUCCGGCUGCAAUAAAGCUCUCUGCGCCAGCGACGUCAGCAAAUGUCUCAUCCAGGAGCUGUGCCAGUGUCGUCCGUCCGAUGGGAACUGCUCCUGCUGUAAAGAGUGCAUGCUGUGUCUCGGGAAUCUUUGGGAAGAGUGCUGCGACUGUGUGGGGAUGUGUAACCCCAAGAACUACAGUGACUCUCCAGCCACGUCGAAGAGCACCGUGGAGGAGCUGCAAAAUCCGAUCCCCUCGCUGUUCCGCGCCCUCACGGAAGGCGACGUGCAGAUCAACAUGAUGGUCGUGUCCUUCCCCAUCUCUGAGGAGCUGUCGCAUCACGAGAACCUGGUGUCCUUCCUAGAGACGCUCAACAGCCAGCACGAGAACGUAACCGUGCCUGGGAACAGCAUCCACGGCAGCCUCGACAGUCAAGAGAGCAUGUGCACUGUGGUCUACUUUGACGACUGCGUCUCCAUUCGUCAGUGUAAACUAUACUGUGAGUCAAUGGGAGGAUCCAAGUACCGCUGGUUUCACAACGCCUGCUGCCAGUGCAUCGGACCGGAGUGCGUGGACUACGGCAGCAAGCUUGUGAAGUGCAUGAACUGUCUCUUCUGAAAUGUGGGCACAUAUUGGUACCAAAUGUCUGUGCCAUACCACAGGACUGAGGGCAGAGGAAACUGUUAUGUGCUAGCAUUCCUCAGUUACCUUGUAAAAUGCCCCCUGCAGCCCUCCUCCUACCCCUGCAAAUUUUUAUUCUGCUGUUUUUCACUGUAUAUUUUUAGAUCUGUCUAAAUAGCUUUUUUUUUUUUUUUUUUUUUAAAAAC